UGGGAUUACAGGUGUAAGCCAUCAUGCCUGGCCCCUUAUAGUUUUAUAUGAAUUUUAGAAUCAACUGUCAACCGCUGCAAAAGAAAGGAGCCGACAUAUGAUAGGCAUUGUGUUGAAUCUAUAAAGCAAUUUUACAAAAGGAAACUUUUCCAGUUCAUCGACCCCAGUAAUACACAUUCCUUACCUUUGUGCACCCUCAAACCCAACAGAAGCUACUUGGGCAUUAGUUGCCUCUUGAUAGAAAGGUAUUCUACCUUUUCCAGUCUGCUUAAUAAUCUUAUACUUAUAAAGCAGUUUAUAAAUAUGAAGUAUGGUGUUAGAAGCCAAUUCUUGGCUUACUCAUUGGGUACCUAGUCAUCUCAUAAGAAAAUCAAUUUAACAUACUCCACAUGAUGUAUGUAAAAAGUAUAAUAAUCCUUGAGUUUAAGUUUGGGUAUGAGUUUUGCGUAUGUUACUACCUACAAAUAUGACUGUUAUUAAAAUGACCUUUUAUGAAACCUGGAAAGAUUAAGCCAACCAUCUGCCUGUCAAUUGCACAGCCCAAGAUUGUCAAGUACUAUUGGCUAUCAAACACAACUAACACAAGAAUUUUUGCCAGUCUAUUUAAUUUAUCACUAUAUGCUAAGCUAUAUAUCACUUGGAUCGUUUCUUUCCGUUUUGAUUUAGGAUUACAUUUUAAUUAAGAAUACAUUUCUACCUUUAGAGGGCACUCAUAACAUACAGCACCUAGACAUCCAAAAUAAGCAGCUCUACCAGGAAUAGAACAUGAAAGAUCUGUGGAUAAGCUACUGAUCCACAAAGCAGAUAAUCCUUUUGCUUUCAUUAGUGUAACUUUCCGAGGAGGCUCCCCACAGACUCAGAGCCAGCCCAGCAUUAACCAAACAAAGAGAAACAGAGUGGAUCCUGUGCUAAUAUUGGGAAAACCAGGCAACAGGACUCAUUUGGGGCCUUUAUUGUGAAAACAUGCCCCAGCUUUCCCAAGAUAACCAAGAGUGCCUCCAGAAACAUUUCUUCAGGCCAUCUAUAUGGACACAGUUUCUGCCCCUGUUUAGGGCUCAGAGAUAUAAUGCAGACAUUCACCAAAUCACAGAAAAUGAAGGAGACCCCAGGGCCGUUCCUGAUAUCAAGCCCUUCCCGCCUGCACAGCUCCCAGACUCGCCUGCCGCCCCGAAGCUGCUCGGCCUCCUUUAUAGCCCGCUUUCCAGCCUCACAAGGUUCUUCUCUCACCUUCUCCGGCGACCCCCUCCCGAAGCUCCCCGGAGGCGCCCGAACUUCUCCCCCCUGCUUCCCGCCCUGCCGGCCGCCCGGCUCUCGCGGGGGCACGAGGAGCUGCCAGGCCGCCUCUCGCUCCUGCUCGGGGCGGCGCUGGCACUGCCCGGCCGACCCUCGGGGGGUCGUCUGCUGAGGCCCGCCCGUCCGGUCGGCAAGCCCAGGGAAGAAGACGCCACCGCUGGGCAGAGCUCGCCCAUGCCGCCGAUGGGAUCAGAGCGGAUGGAGAUGCGGAAGCGGCAGAUGCCCCUCGCCCAGGACGCACCAGGCGCCGCCCCAGGCCAGCCCGGAGCGGGGAGUCGCGGGUCUAACGCAUGCUGCUUCUGCUGGUGCUGCUGUUGUAGCUGCUCAUGUCUCACUGUUAGAAACCAGGAAGAUCAGAGGCCCACAAUAGCUUCCCAUGAACUCAGAGCAGACCUUCCAACCUGGGAAGAAAGCCCUGCUCCUACUCUGGAAGAAGUCAAUGCCUGGGCUCAGUCAUUCGACAAAUUAAUGGUCACUCCAGCAGGAAGGAAUGCAUUCCGUGAAUUCCUCCGAACAGAAUUCAGUGAAGAAAAUAUGCUCUUCUGGAUGGCCUGUGAGGAACUGAAAAAGGAAGCUAAUAAAAACAUUAUUGAAGAGAAAGCAAGGAUAAUCUAUGAAGACUACAUUUCUAUACUUUCUCCUAAGGAGGUGAGCUUAGACUCCCGGGUGAGAGAAGUCAUCAACAGAAACAUGGUGGAGCCAUCCCAACACAUAUUCGAUGAUGCUCAACUUCAGAUUUACACCCUGAUGCACAGAGACUCAUAUCCUCGAUUCAUGAACUCUGCUGUCUAUAAGGACUUGCUUCAGUCCUUAUCGGAGAAAUCCAUUGAAGCAUAGGAUUUUUCAAAUAUAUUUAUUAUUAAUAAAAUAAUAAAAGAACUCAUGGGCUACAUCUAGCACAGGGAAUUUAGAGGUUGUAGCAUCUUCUGCUGGGGUAAUACUCAGGCUAUUCUAAUAACAGAUGAUUCCUUCAACAGACUGCUAUAUAUUCACAAUGUAAAUUGCAGCCACCUUUAGUGAUACUUUUGAAACAAAAAAAAAGGGAUAUGGCUGUUGUAGAAAGAUAGCGUAUUUGCAUUUACAGUAACAGUAGCAUGUUGUCAGUGGCGAAGGCUACACAGAAGGCUCCUUGCUGCCCGGAGCAGGUACAUCCGCCAGAGUAAAGGGAACCACUUUUGUUUUGCAUGAAUUUGGUAAUUGAUUACUCUCUCCCCAAAGAAAAGGCAUUCAGGUGUUUCUCAACGACCUCUUCCAUCCAUCAAGCUCGGUUUGAAUACUUCACUUACCAGUGCCAUUACAGGACCCAAAUUCACAGUUCAUAAAGAUGUGACCACUACAUGUAAAAAUAGCAUUCCACUUGAUCUUACAGUAUGUAUGUAUGUAUGUAUGUAUGUAUGGAGAUACAUAUGUGUGUGUGUGGAUCUCUACAUGGUUAAUGUAAAGCACUGUGCUCUGAAGUGGAUCAGUCACAAGUGUCUGGUUAACAGAAGCAGUGCUUAGAAAAUUCUUUUGUUGAAAACAGUUACUGUUAUUUUAUUAUCAGAAUUUGCCAACCUAAAGAAUGAAUUUUAAAAUUCGUAACUUGGUCAUGUUCACAACAAAACUGUCAAAUAAGCAUAUUUCCAUUUUUAUUACUGAAAGAAACAUGGGCAUUUUUCAUUCUUUAAAGAAAUAAAGCACAAGAAUUUUACCUCAA